AUGCUGAAGACGGCAAAGAAAUACAAAGCGAGCUUUGCAGCGAUUAAACUAGACAGACACUUGAAAGAACAACUACCGAUUUGGUACCACAUUAGCGCCACGAAGGAGCUACGAAGGCUAGAUAACACAUCGUUGAGCAAAUGCCUACGACGUGUUCAUAACGUCAAGACAGUGGCAGAUAUUGCACGGGCAACGAGGCACGAUGCACUUAUCCAGACGAAUGAAGGCGAAGCUGAUGAGAAAUGCCCAUGCGAUCAGUGUGAAAUGGAUAGACAGAUGGGAUGUAAAGACCCACUACGCUGCAGGGACGCAGCUGGUCGUCUCCUCAAUCGCCUCGAACAGAAGUGGAACCCAGCGGAACGGAGCCCGAACGAUGGUCUGACACUCACAACGAAGAAAUUGAAAGAAAACAUGGAAGCGCUGGACAAGGAUAAAGCUGCGACCUUCAACCCCUCGGUGACCGAGCGAGGAGGUCUAUCAGAGGCAUUCCGAGUAUUUGUAGACAAUGAAAACAUCGAUAACCCACCAGCGGUGAGACCGAGGAGAGGAAUAUCUAUAGAACCGGAAAGAGUCUCAGCCUAC